AUGAAGGCUAGGAACGUAACCGGGCCAGAAGAGCUCCAUGAGAUGAUAGAUGAGUCGGAUUCGACGGACAACUCCAGCGAUGAGGACUACAGAGAAGGGGAUAGACUGCUGCCUUCCAGAAAACGGAAGAUGCAGCGAACUUUUACUACAACCAAGAAAACAAAGAAUGAAUCGCAUAACUGCUCAAGGCUCUUUGAAAUCGUGAUGAUGAAGAAGCACGCCAAGUUGUCCAGCUGUCUACAGCGCAUCUACUUGACUCUAUCAUCGUCACAGAAAUAUACAGUUAUUGCCGAUGUUUUGAGCCUCAUCUGCGAAUGUGCGGGGUUUAGACAGCUGUCUAUAACCAGCGAAGAUGUUGAGGAAGAGUCUCCGUCCGCAGAGAGUUCCGUGGAUAUCGAUUACGACAACUUUGACUGGUUUUCUCUGCACAUGUAUUAUACUACUCUCCCAGAAUCUGUAACGUAUGAAAACGUAUGCGCUCCAAUUGAGGAUCGUAGGGAUAUUAGUGUAUCCAUAUAUCCCAGCAUAUCGGAUUUGGGUAAGAGCAAGAGGGGAAGAUCAAUUAGCAGCAAGUUUUAUUCCCUAUGUAAUGAACGUGCAAAGAAGAUAUCAAAGUGUUUAGUUGUCGAAAAUGGAUGGGCUAUAGGAUUUGGAGGUAAAAACCCCGCUUACUUGCGUUUCAGAGAAUUUUUUCGACAUUUAGUUGCAAAUGCCGAUCUCCAUCACUUCAAGGAUUUGCUCCUGUUACUCCAGUGGAUUUUUGCACUCAGCACAUGUGGUUACAGGUCCGUACGCACACUUUCGUGUAUAGCAUGUAAUGAGAUUCUGGUUGGUCUCUUGCUUAAGCUCGAAUCCAUUAGCAAAGAUGAGUCAGUAUAUACUAAACAGUUGAGCGUAGAAGUUGCAUUGGACAAAAAAACACAUGAAAGAAUACAUGGGACUUCAACUAGCCACAUCUCACUAACAAACUCUACAAUAGAAUUAUGGAAACGCCUAAAGUUGGCGAAUAUGACACGUUUUGUAAUACAAAGUUUUUCAAUGAUAGUAUUUGACGUACACUUCAAAUCAAAGUUGUACGAUGUUUUGCCAGAUAUUCGGGUUAUCACAUCUUAUUAUUUGUUAAAUUGUCUAGUGUUAAAUAAAAGUAUGUUUUCAUCAAUAUAUCACACAACUACUGCAUAUGCAGUACUUUGUGAUGUAGAUCCUUGUACAAGGUUAUUACUUUUAAGAUAUCUUUUCCUCUCAUCUGAAGAUGUUAACUUGGAUAUCAUCUCAGGGAUAUAUCAUAAUCUUGAUCAUGUUGAUCAGUAUGCACUCCAGAUGGUCGAACUUUUGCUUUUAAAACACAUGUCAAGAUUAGAUGAUGGAAGCAAGGAUAAGGAAUAUCCAGUUGUUUUAGUGAAUGCUGUAAAAACUUUAUCGUGGCGUUAUUCCGAAUAUUUGUCUAUUUUGUUCGCAAAAAUUUUUAUGCCAAACAUUUCAAUGGGAAUUCCUCAAAUACCAAAAUUGUUUACUAUUGAAGGUUUGAAGCAAAAAUACAAGAAUUUACUCACAAUUGAUAGUCUACUAGUUUCAAGGUAUAAUUCUUUCGCACAGAACAUUGCUGGAUUUACGACAGGUAGUCUUUUGAGGUAUGAUUUAGAUCAGCAGUCUACAAGGGAAGAGGCUCUUUUGGGUUUCAUUUCAUCAUUCAUUGACUUUACGGACAGAUUUACUGAUGUUAACGCGGAUGCAUUUGUAUAUAACCUUGUAAAGGGAUUUUGGUCGUUUAGUAACAUAUUCUACGAUAUUGCUCUGAUGCUCAAGGUAUUAUGCAGAGGUGGUAGUUUGUCUUGCAACACAACAUUAGAAGAAAAGACACAAAAAUCUCUCUUACAAAUCAUUCUUGUUAGUUUUGAGAAUAUGUUAAAGGACCCACAGAAAUUUGACGCCGAAUUGAGAAGUGCUGUGAGUGUAUUCACAGCAAGCUUAAACACACUCUUUAGGCUGCAUAGGGCAAAUGUUUCCAAUACACUUGUGAUUUUACAACUACUUGAAAUGGUCCUUGUUUUGGUAGGAAAGUUGGGUAUACGUACAACUGUAGACUUGGUACACACUAUUGCAGAAAAUAUUCCGGAUAUGCUUACUGGCACUCAUAUGGUUUGUGUAAAGCCAUGCGUCCGCUCGCUUUCACACAUUAAAACAUACGAAUCUACCAUAAAGAACAUUUAUACCCAAUAUAUUGCAUCAAUAGGACCUUUUGAGGAGUUGAAAAAUGCAGAAUAUGUUUCAAAAUUUGUAAUGUAUCUGUUACACUAUUUUCCGUCCCUGGAGAUUGAAGAUGAUUUUGUCAAGAGAGUUUGUAAUAAACUUGAUAUUUAUGAUCAGACUUAUAUUGCACUUGCCUCUAGUUUAUUUGAGGCCCAUAUAUUCAAGUCUAUUAUCAGUAAAGCUGGAUAUCUUGAUGAUUUGUACAUUUCUUUGAGAAAUAAACUUUUAUCCCUGUUAUGUUCUGUGGACUUUAAGUCUCAUACCCACUUUGAUAAUUUUGUUUUGUUUUCAACAAUUUGUUCAUUAAUUCAACUCACCAGUUUGGUGAUUACGCAAAUUAGUUCUUUAGAAGAUAUGCCAGCGAGUGUAGAGGAUGUAUUAUCUGAGUUAGCCCUAAAGUUUGGAAGCAUUGGUUUUAAGGAUAGGGAUACACCAAGUCUUGUGCUAUCUUUAAAAAAUACAGGUUCAACUACAGUUUUAGAUUCUUGUAUUCAAGAAGGAUAUUCCGUAAAAAAGCCGAUUGACAUGUGUACAUCUAUCUUUUAUCAAGUGUCCAGCACUUUUAAUGCACAAAUUUACUCUUCGGUUACAUCCUUAUUGCUCCUGUUCCAGGUUGGAAGUACGAAUGCAGCAAUUCGCAAGGCUUCCAUUGAUUACAUUAAUUUUUUGCAAGGUCUGGAUAAUAGAUUAUUUUUUGCUUUACUCUUGCAUAUUCUCAUUGGAUUAUACGAAACUUGUAAUAGGGACGCAUUGGAGAUGUUUUUAGAUGCAUUUGUUCCUAAUAUAACAAUUUCGGGUGAUAAUACGCAGUUGGAGGUUAUGUUGCACGCUGGUCUCUUGUAUGUUUAUUCAAGAGAGAGCAACUGGGAUUUUUUGCAAGUGAUGACUUCACUUGUAAAUAUACUAGGUUAUAGAGGUGAAAAGUUUACAUCCAGGCUAAUAACUGAAGCUACAAGGACCCUUGCACUAAACAUACCCGGAAUAUCCAGUUUUACUGUUUUAUUGUAUGCAGAACCUACAGAAGGUAUUCUAGAAUCCUUUGAGCCGGAAAUUUCCUCAUUUAACAAGUGCUUUGAUACUAUCAAGGGGAAAAUAGGCGGAAUGAAGUUUACCGAUUUGUGUAAUGUAUUUUAUCAAAAACCCCGCAUAAAGAACAUUCAAAAGUCUAACAAAGUAACUAAUGAAAAACAAGUAAAUGACGCAUCAACAGAAUUUUCACACCAGUCAACACCAAUGGUUCAAUUUAGGUCUGAACGGCCCUUGGAAACACCUAGAUCUGUGCUUGAGGAAUUUACUAUUGAAUCAACGCCAGGGUCAAUUGGAAAUACUUGCGUUGAAUCCCCAGUACCAAUUAGGACUUAUAGUAAAAAAUCGCACGAUUAUCAUCCACCAAGUGUUGGUCUACGGUGCAAAUCCAUAACCCCUAUAGAACUUAAGGACGAUGAUUUAGAGUUGGAGGAUAUUCAACAAAUUGAGGAGUAUGAACCAGUUGCUGAGGGAUUCGCAUCUGAUUCCGUUACUACAAAAAGUUCUUGUAUACCAUCAACCUUGUAUAAAUCAGAUUUCUUGACAUCGACAAUAGAUUUGGAUGAUUCGCCAUUUUUGGACUUUGAGAGCCCGUCACCAUUUAAUUCAGUUGAAUUUUUUUAA